GUAGCAAACAAGUAUGUACAUAUAAGACAACUAUCAACUACGGGGAAUUAAGGCCAACAGCAACACAACGGAGUGCCAGAGAGAGAAAUACGAGAUAGAAUGAAAUAUUGAGACAAGGUAGUCGUACAGGACGGCUCACACUGGAGUGAAUGGAAGUAUAUCAAGUAACAAUGUGAUUCAGUUCUUCACGCAAGUUGUUGGCUCACAUAUGGACCGAGAUGGAACAUCGACACGAAUCCAGAUCAGCAUCAAAUUGAAGAAUGAAGCACGAGAGGAAACAACUCCUUAUGCUGGCGUUAAGAGCCAAAGGACACCGCUAAGGGUCGAAUUGCGCAUAGACAUUAUCUUUCUCUCUACCUCUGUUGUUGACUCGAGGCCAAACUGAAACCGUGCAUUGCCUUUGAAGAUUUUACUAACAAGUAUCGCCCUUUUUUUUUAAACACAGAAAUGCCUCCAAAGAUUCAACAAUCCAAGGCAGCUAAGGCAGCUGCAGCUAUGGCUGGUGGUAAGAAGUCUAAGAAGAAGUGGUCCAAGGGUAAGGUUAAGGACAAGGCUUCCCACUUGAUCGUUCUUGACCAAGAAAAAUACGACAGAAUCUUGAAGGAGGUCCCAACCUACAGAUUUGUUUCCAUCUCUGUCUUGGUUGACAGAUUAAAGAUUGGUGGUUCUCUUGCCAGAGUUGCUCUUAGACAAUUAGAAGAAGACGGUGUCAUCAAGCCAGUUUCUAAGCACUCUAAGCAAUUGAUCUACACCAGAGCUAUCAAUUAAGCAUAGUGUCUCAUCCAUGA